AGUGCGCGGUGGCGCUCGGAGCGGCCCGGCCGAGCUGCGUAAAACCAUAAACAUGAAGAAAUUAAAGCUUAAAGAACUGGAAAGCUGUCUUCAACAAGUUGAUACUUUUGAAAAUCCAAAACUACUGCUUGAACAGUAUCCAACAAGACCUCAUAUUGCAGCAUGUAUGCUUUAUACAAUUCACAAUACUUUUGAUGAUAUUGAAAACAAAACAAUUGCAGAUCUAGGAUGUGGUUGUGGCAUGCUCAGCAUUGGAAGUGCAAUGUUAGGAGCAGGAUUCUGUGUGGGCCUUGACAUAGAUGCAGAUGCACUGGAAAUAUUUAAUAGCAAUAUUGAAGACUUUGAGCUCACGAAUAUCAACAUGGUUCAGUGUGACAUCUGUUCUUUAUCUGACAGCAUGUCAGAUACUUUUGACACAGUUAUUAUGAACCCUCCGUUUGGUACCAAGCAUAACAAAGGAAUUGAUAUGAUUUUUCUGAAAACUGCUCUACAAAUGGCAAAAACAGCUGUAUAUUCCCUUCACAAAACUUCAACACGACAGCACAUUCAAAAGAAAGCAGCAGAAUGGGAAGUGAAGAUGGAAGUCUUAGCAGAACUUAGGUUCGACUUACCAGCAUCAUACAAGUUCCACAAGAAGAAAUCAGUUGACAUUGAAGUGGAUUUCAUUAGAUUUUCUGCCAAAAAAGUCCUGAACUGAGGCAUGUAUUUAAAAUCUAUUGAAAAUGGAACAAUAAAACCACUAAGUUUUAGAAUU